AUGCAAGAGCUGCACUAUGCUGAAGGGCUCUUGUUCCGCCAGGCUCAACAAGACGUUUAUGCUGAGGAAGUAUCACUUCUAAAUAAGACCUGCAACGGAACUCAGUCAAACCCACUUCCAAAAACCAGUCGUCUGUUCAAACUUUCACCAUGGAUGGACGAUCGAGGAGUGAUGCGCAUGCGUAGUCGCCUGACAGCUUGUCAGUACAUAACUGAAGAUAUGAAGAAACCCGUGAUCUUGCCAAGUCAUCACCCUGUGACCACCUUGCUAAUCACUCACUAUCACAAUAAGUUUAAUCACCAAAACCACGAAGCCAUAAUAAACGAAAUCCGUCAAAAGUAUGCCAUUCCCAGCCUCCGAAGUUGUUACAGAACUGUACGAAAGAACUGCCAACAGUGCAUGAACAUGCUUUCAACUCCUCAGCCCCCUAUGAUGGCUGAUCUACCUUCUGAAAGGUUAGCAGCCUUCGCACUUCCUUUUACUCACGUGGGCGUUGACUUCUUCGGCCCGAUGGAAGUCGCCGUUGGUAGAAGAAGGGAAAAAAGGUGGGGCAUGAUAGUCAUUUGCCUGACAACGCGAGCAGUUCAUGUUGAGUUGGCGAAUUCCUUAAGCACCGACUCUUGUAUCAUCGCUCUUAGAAACUUCAUUGCUCGACGAGGUGUCCCAAGGACAAUUCGAAGCGAUAGAGGAACAAACUUUAUUGGGGCAAGCCGUCUACUUGGAAAGUUGCAAAAAACUCUCGAUGAAGAAUCCAUUAUCAAGGAAUUCGUAAACGCGGAAACCAGCUGGACAUUCAACCCCCCCUUGGCACCCCAUAUGGGCGGAGGCUGGGAACGCCUCAUCCGGAGCUUGAAGAGAAACCUGAUGGCCAUUUGCCCGACAAGAACGCCAUCUGAAGAGGUCCUGCGGAAUAUGCUCAUAGAAGUGGAAAAUACGUUAAAUUCACGGCCCCUAACCCAUGUUCCCAUUGACGACGAUGCAUCUCCCGCUCUUACGCCCAACCAUUUUUUAUUGGGAUCAUCGAACGGUACGAAACCCUUGGUACUACUGGACGACAACGUGGUUAUCCUAAAGCAGAACUGGCGAAUGUCUCAUGCUUUGGCAGCCCAAUUUUGGAAGCGAUGGUUAUCCGACUAUCUGCCGGAGAUAACUCGGCGGACGAAGUGGUUCGUCGAUUCAAAACCGAUUGCUGUAGAUGACGUUGUCAUCAUCGUGGACCCGAAUCUGCCAAGAAAUUGUUGGCCUCAAGGAAGGAUCAUCGGAGUCAACACCGGUAAGGAUGGACGCAUAAGGUCUGCGAUGGUGAAGACUGCAAACGCAGUCUAUGAAAGACCUGUCACCAAACUAGCAGUGCUGGAGGUUGCCAUACCCGGGGGGACUGUUACCUACUCCAAAUCGUACGGCACGCGUCUCUUUCAGCAAGACCCUCUAGUAGUGACUGACAAUGGGUGGGUUGUCAUCGGUGAUGGGUGAGUGAUGUUAAAAAAAAAAAAACAACAGACCAACGAACAACAGAAACGUGGUGCGCUCUAAAUUACCGUAGAAAACUAAACUAAUGUUAAAUUCAACCUUAACGACUACUUAAUAUCCUACUUAAAUUCUAGAAUUAAAAACAAGUGAAUUCGACAAACAAACAAGUUAACCUAAACUAUAUCUAUACAAAUUUUCUAUGCGGUAAGAUUCUGGAAUAUUGAAUUUGUCUUAAUAUUAAUCGAUGGUAAUUGCAGCUAAAAUUGACUACUUUGGUUCCGACUACUCCGCUAUCUACUAUUAAAAAUUAUAAUGGGAAACUAAACGUGAGUAUAAAAAACUAGAAGCUAAGAAACAGAA